AUGGCAGCUACAACAUCAACAUCGUUGAAACCCCCACCAGGAGCAACGCUCAAAGCGUCGUAUCCAUUUGGCAAGAUCGAGCCCAAUUCGACAAAAUACUUUGCAUCAUGCAUGCUGGGCGGCAUCGUAGCAUGCGGGCCGACACACACGCUAGUGACGCCGCUGGACCUGGUGAAAACGCGACGACAGGUCGACACAAAGCUGUACAAGGGAAAUUUUUCGGCGUGGCGGUCAAUCUUCGCGAACGAGGGGGUCCGGGGCGUGUUCUUCGGAUGGUCGCCGACGCUGGUCGGUUACAGCUUCCAGGGGAUGGGCAAGUACGGGUUCUACGAGGUGUUCAAGCACAUCUACGGCGACAAUCUGUUUUCGAACUCGAACCGCACCCUCGUCUACCUUGGGGCCAGCGCCAGUGCCGAAUUCAUCGCCGACAUCUUCUUGUGUCCGUUUGAGGCCAUCAAGGUCCGCAUGCAGACCACGCUUCCCCCCUACGCGAACACUCUCCGGCAGGGGUGGUCCAAGGUCGUCGAGAAGGAAGGCAUCGCGGGCCUCUACAAGGGCAUCGCCCCCCUCUGGGGCCGCCAGAUCCCGUACACAAUGUGUAAAUUCGCAACCUUCGAGGAGACCGUCCACUUCAUCUACGGGCAGCUCGGCAAGCCCAAGGAGAGCUACAACAAGCUGCAGCAGACCGGUGUGAGCUUCCUGGGCGGCUACAUCGCCGGCAUCGCAUGCGCCGUCGUCUCGCAUCCCGCAGACGUCAUGGUCAGCAAGCUCAACUCCGACCGCAAGGCCGGCGAGUCUGCGGCCAAAGCCAUGAACAGGAUCUACGGCAACAUCGGCUUCACGGGGCUUUGGAAUGGUCUGCCAACUAGGAUCGUCAUGAUCGGAACCCUCACAGCCUUCCAGUGGCUCAUCUACGAUUCCUUCAAGGUCUGGCUUGGUUUGCCCACCACCGGUGGCCACUAG